AGGUGUCUUCUUUUUUUAUUCUGCUGUUACAGGAUGCCACGUAGAGGACGACGCUCCGAGGCUGCCAAGCCUGGGACACCACCGCUCGCACCCAGCGCUUGGAACCCGACUCGGUCUCCGCCGAAGAAGAUGUCCCGACUGCUGGAGGGUAGCCCGCCCUACCAGGUGUCGCCUCCCGUGGUGCGUCAGGAGGAGCCCCGUGUGCCAUCGACCUCUCCUGGGUCACGCCGUGGGACGGGGCGUCGCCAUCGGGUGGAGACGUGGCCAGCCUCCCGGGUGACCAGACGGAGCUGCAAGUUGGUUCUGCCAACUGCCGAGGCUCUGGAGAAGAAGUUUGCUCUUUUGGUUGGUGAUUCCCAUCUGCGUGCUAUUGUGGAUGGGUAUUCUACCAUGCCAAAGGGCGACUUCUCCUUAGGGGUGCUUGCAUCCCCCGGUGCCUCUGCGGAAGAGUUGAAGCUUGAGGUGCUGGAUGCAGUUCUGCCUCGGCCCCCCGAGGUGAUCUGUCUUCUGGCCCCAAGUAACAACUUGACCGCCAGCAGGACCUUCGUGGAGGCCGGAGCGGCGUUUGACGCUUUGUUGCGUACCGUCUGCAAACUCUCUGCUAAUGUGGUCGUUGUGGACUUUCCACCGCGCCUUUGCGUGGAGGUAAGUGUGCAACAGCUGCUGCGGCAGGAGUUUCAACGUGUGGCUGCUCUGAGAAGUAAGUGACGUA